AUGGGCGUCUGGAGGGGAAAGGAAAUUCUCGGUUGGAUGUUCAUCCUGUUUUUAUCUGACCUGUCUGCUGCUCAGAUAUUGUACUCCGUUUCCGAGGAGGCGGACAAAGGAACCGUGGUUGGGAAUCUGGCAAAGGAUUUAAACGUCAAUGUUCGAGACUUGCAAACAAGGAACCUGAAUCUGGUUUCCGGAUACAGUAAGACAUAUUUCGAGGCUAAUGAUAAGACGGGGGAUGUUUACGUUAACGAGAGAGUCGAUCGAGAGGAGCUUUGUCCAAACACGAUAAAAUGCAUACUGAACUUCGAGGCCAUACUGAGCAAUCCUAUGGUUCUGCACCGCAUUGAAGUGGUUAUUGUUGAUUUAAAUGACAACGCACCUUCCUUCGUGGAAAGGUCACACACACUAAAUAUAUCUGAAUCGUCCCCGACGGGCGAACACUUCUUGCUUCCUUGGGCUCUUGAUCUAGACACAGGCAGCAAUUCAGUGAAAACAUACAAGCUGAGCCCGAAUGAAUAUUUCUCCUUAGACGUACAGGGCAGUGGCGAACACAGUGUAUCUGCUGAUUUAGUGCUGGUAAAAGCUUUGGAUAGAGAGAAACUAGCUGUUGUUACACUAACACUGACCGCUGUUGACGGAGGCAAACCUCCUAAAAGUGGAAGUGUACAGAUAAAUGUAAAUGUCCUCGACGUCAAUGAUAACACGCCGUCAUUUAGUAAAACGCUUUACAAGGCACGCGUAAAUGAAAAUGCUCCAACUGGAUCAUUAGUAAUUCAGCUGAAUGCCACAGAUUUAGACGAGGGAGACAACGGGAGGGUGACGUACUCUUUCGUCAAGCGUGGAAACCUCAAUCCUGCAGACGUGUUUUUUAUCAAUGCAGAAACUGGCGAGAUAACUGUUACGGGCAAUUUGGAUUACGAAGCACAGUCUGCUUAUGAAAUUCAUGUCCAAGCAACAGACAGAGGUUCAUCGCCUCGGAGGGCAAAUGGGAAGCUGCUGGUGGAGGUGGUCGAUGUGAAUGACAAUGCCCCAGAAAUUGUAGUGACGUCACUCAUGAACCCCGUGAAAGAAGAUGCAGAAAUAGGAAGCGUCGUGGCGUUAGUGACGGUGACUGAUAAAGACGGAGGGAAAAACGGUCACACAGCAUGUAAAUUGAUUGGUUCCGCACCAUUUAAGCUGCGAUCUAAUUACAAAAAUUACUACUCUUUAAUUGUGGACGGGCCUCUCAACAGAGAAGAAUGCUCUUCAUAUAAUGUUACAAUUACUGCGACUGACGUAGGGACCCCGCCUCUCUCCACCAGCAGCGUUAUCACCGUUCACGUAUCUGAUGUCAACGACAACGCUCCUCGUUUCCCUGAACCGAUUAUUAACAUUUAUGUGAAAGAAAACAGUCCAGUUGGCGCUCGUAUCUAUACAAUAACUGCGGUCGAUCCUGAUAUAAAUGAAAACGCUAGAGUAACAUACUCAUUUGGUGGUGAUUCAAAAAAUAUUCCCAUAACGUCUUCUGUAAACAUCAACUCAGAGACAGGAGAUAUAAUCAGUCUGCAGUCGUUUAACUUCGAGGAGUUGAAAACGUUUCAGUUUAAAGUUCAGGCCACAGACUCUGGUGUUCCUCCGCUCAGCAGCAACGUGACUGUGAACGUUUUGAUCUUGGAUGAGAAUGACAACAGUCCAACGGUCCUCUCUCCAUACUCUGAGCACGGCUCCGUUAACAGUGAGAGCAUCCCCUAUUCUGCUGAAGCGGGAUACUUUGUGGCAAAGAUCAGGGCUGUAGACGCAGACUCUGGAUACAACGCGCUGCUUUCUUAUCACCUCUCUGAGCCCAAAGGAAACAACCUCUUUCGGAUCGGAACCAGCACCGGGGAAAUCAGGACUAAGAGGAGAAUGAGUGACAAUGACUUGAAAACUCACCCCUUGGUGGUGCUGGUUUCUGAUAACGGAGAACCCUCCCUGUCAGCUACUGUGUCUAUAGAUGUGGUGGUGGUUGAGAGCACAGCUGACAUCCAGACUCAGUUCAGACAUGUGCCCACAAAGGACGAUGGCUUCUCUGAUUUAAACCUGUAUCUACUGAUCGGCAUUGUGUCGGUGUCAGUCAUCUUUUUGCUGAGCCUCAUCACUUUAAUAGCUGUAAAAUGCCACAGGACAGACAGCAGCUUCAGCAGGUACAGCGCCCCAAUGAUCACCACCCACCCGGACGGGAGCUGGUCUUACUCUAAAGCUACUCAGCAGUAUGACGUCUGCUUCAGCUCAGACACGCUCAAGAGUGACGUAGUGGUUUUCCCCGCACAGUUUCCGCCUGCAGAUGCGGAACUGAUCAGUAUUAACGGAGGAGACGCUUAUACCAUGACUCAGACUCUACCAAACAAAGACAAGGUGAGUUGA